AUGCUCGGUGCCGUCACCGGAGAUUUCCUCCCCGAACAGUCCCACAACGUUUCGCUUGAUGGCGACUUCAGCAUCCAGGUAUUGGAAAAGGCUUUGGAGGUGUGGGACUUGCAAGUCAUUCCCCUUAACAGCCCUGUUGCAGAACCUGCUCAGAUCGACCCAGAAUUGGAGAAUGCAUUUAUUUGUCAUUUGCGGGACCAUUGGUUUUGUAUAAGGAAAGUAAAUGGAGAGUGGUAUAAUUUUGACAGCCUCUAUGCAGCACCCGAGCACCUCUCCAAGUUUUACCUUUCAGCCUACCUCGACUCUUUGAAAGGCUUUGGCUGGAGCAUUUUCUUGGUGAAGGGAAAUUUCCCAAAGGAGUGCCCCAUCACAUUCUCCGAAGCCUCCAAUGGUUAUGGGCAGUGGUUGUCACCUGAAGACGCUGAGAGGAUUACCAAGUCUUGCAACUCGGCUUCGAGAUCAAGUCCAGGGGCGCACCCUUCUGAUCCCUAUCUGCAGCAUGGACAACCAGAAAUAUUGUCAGACAAUGAAGACGAGGAUUUAAAAGCUGCAAUAGCUGCCAGCUUGAUUGACUCAUCGCAGGAAAUCAAAAUAGAGGCAAGUAUCACAGAAAAUGAAAAUAAAAAUAGCAACGAAGAAAAGGCAUGA